UCUGCGCAUGCUCCGUACAGCGAAGCAGCUACUGCUCUAUCAGCAGAGUAACUUUAUUUCUAUCCAACUGAAGGUUUCAGCUGCUGAACUUCACUGAUGAGUUAAAAGUCAGAGAGCAGAUUUUAAAGCUGCAGCCUGAAGAAGCAGCGGACAGACGAGAAGAGCUGCAGCGGCUGAAAUCAAAAGUGAAAGUGAAGAAUUCAUCCUGAUAAACUGAGUUGAACUGGAGCUGCUCCGUGAUGAUGUUUGGAAUCAUACUGUUUGGAUUCUUCACGAGGAGCUUCAGUGCUGACGGUGUUGCAGACGUGGUCCUGUCCUGUGAUCUGGUGGAGGAGGGAGUCGGACUGGGAGGAAUGGGAGGAGGAGUUCUCUUUACUCGGACUCCAGCGACUCUGGUGCUCAAAGACGUUCCAGUCGGUCCUGAUGAAUCUCUGGAGACUCUGACUCCGUUCGUUCCGCCCUCCGUCCCUGAUCCAGAGCUCCUCCUGUUCGAGACCAAAGUUUCAUCUCCCGAGAUCCCGAAGGCCGACGUGCUGCUUCACGCCGACUGCAACCAACAGGAGGUUCUGUGUGAAAUCAGCCGAUAUUCUCCUCGAGGGCUGCAGGACUCUUCAGGGUUCUUCAUGGUGUCGCUCAGUGUGGACGGGGUGGACUUCAGCACCUCGCUGAUCCUGCAGACAUUACCUGUGGAGCAGAACCCGUCCACCCUGGUCCAGAGCAAACUGGGUUUACCUCUGAGCGGGUCGGGAACUCUGCUGACUGAAGUGAUGUUCCUGGUGUUUUCCCACGUUCAGUCAGUGUCGGCUCCUCUGAAGGCCAAAGUUCUGCUCAACUGUGGCUUCAGGCAGCAGGAGGUUCGGUUGGGUGAGGAGGUGGGAGUCGAAUGGAGGCUGCAGCACCGAGGAAAAGGACGGAAGGUUCUGGAAAUGAAGACGAAGCUGGACGGCAGCGAGGGGAGCUCAGUAGUGCUUGGACAGAGGGAAGGUUCCAGCCUGGACGCCGCUCUGCUGCUGCGUGAAGGAGACGCCUCCAUGACGCUGUCCAGGCUGCAGGUGGAAGACGAGGGAACCUACAUCUGCACCAUCAGCGUGGGCAACUUCCACGCCCAGCAGGUGGUGCAGCUGCUCAUCACCCAAGCGCCUCAGGUUUCGCUCUCGGAGGGGAAGAAAGAUUCUAAUUCUGCUCAGACGUUCAGCUGCCACUGCAGUAAUUAUUAUCCUCUGGACGUCCAGAUGGAGUGGUUUUCACUUCCUCCGACAGCCUCAGAACCUGAACCCUUCAUCGACCAGGGUUCUCUGACCAGCCAUCGACAGCAUGGUGAUGGAACGUUCUCCCUGUCGUCCCACCUGUCCGUCCCUUCUGCGGUUCCUCCAGGAACAAAGAUCACCUGUAGAGUGUCCCACCUGGCUCUGGACGCUCCGCUGCAGGUCACUGUGGAGGUGCAAACUCCUGAACCAGGUACGGAUGUUUAUAUCCUGGAUGUUUCAUCUAAAACCAGAGGGUUGAAACUAGAGCUGCUGGUUCGACAGUCUUAA